AUCAAUCUAAUAAGUUUUCUUCUUCUUCUUCUUCAUCUCUCUCUCUUUUCCUCCAUCUCUUAGAAAUGAGUGGUUUUAUUACUACUAGAAGCCUCACAUUCUUGCUUCUAAUAUGCAUCCUUGUUUGGUGUUCUAGCCUUGAGCUUUGCACUGCUAGAAGAGGUAGGCAUUGGGUGGAUAGAAGGGCUGCUUCAGCUUCUCUUUACAAAAAGAAAGUUAAGAGCCAUGGUACCCAUGGAGGUUCCAUUAUGCCCAAACCAUUAAAACCCUCAAAACCAAAAUCUCCAUCGCCACCGCCGCCAUCGGAAGGAUAUAACAACGGCCACUCUACCAUCUUUGAUGUGUUAGAUUUUGGAGCUAAGGGAGAUGGAGCUACCGACGACACAAAGGCAUUCGAAGCUGCAUGGGCAGAAGCCUGUAAGGUGGAGGGAUCAACGAUAGUUGUGCCAUCACAGUUCGUCUUUCUUGUGGGACCCAUUUCAUUCUCAGGUCCAUACUGUCAACCAGAUAUUGUUUUUCAGCUCGAGGGUACGAUAAUAGCUCCUACAAGCUCCAAGGCUUGGGGGUCUGGAUUCUUUCAGUGGCUUUUAUUCUCUAAGCUGAAAGGAAUAACCAUCCGCGGUGGAGGAAUCAUCGACGGCCGGGGUUCAAUCUGGUGGAAGGACAACUCUUUGAAUGAUCCCAACGAUGAUGAAACCAAAUUAAUUGUUCCAAUAGAUCAAGAUCCAGUACAUAACAACUCACAAAUUCCGAUAAGUAACGGUGAACUAAGCGGGAAAAUGCCGAGUCUUAAACCGACGGCUUUAAGGUUCUAUGGGAGCUUUGACGUGAGGGUUACAGGCAUAACAAUCCAGAACAGUCCACAGUGCCACCUUAAGUUUGAUAAUUGCGCCGGUGUCGAUGUCUUCAACAUCAGCAUCUCCUCCCCCGGAGACAGCCUCAACACUGAUGGAAUCCAUCUCCAGAAUUCUAAAGAUGCACUCAUCUACAGCUCCAACCUAGCUUGCGGUGAUGACUGUGUCUCCAUCCAGACUGGAUGCUCAAACAUUUACAUACACAAUGUUGACUGUGGUCCUGGACAUGGCAUUAGCAUUGGAGGGCUAGGGAAGGACAACACCAAAGCCUGUGUCUCAAACAUUACUGUUAGAGAUAUCAUGAUGCACAACACAAUGACUGGUGUUAGGAUUAAGACAUGGCAGGGUGGGUCAGGCUCUGUAGAAGGAAUACUCUUCUCAAAUAUUCAAGUUUCUGAAGUACAGCUUCCGAUUGUAAUCGACCAAUUCUACUGUGACAAGAGCACAUGCGAGAACCAGACAUCGGCCGUGGCUCUAUCUGGCAUCACCUACGAAAGAAUAAGAGGAACAUACACAGUAAAACCCAUGCAUUUUGCAUGCAGUGACAGUUCACCAUGUACAUAUGUCACUCUAACUGACAUCAACCUAACACCACUCCAAGAAAAAUACCACUUGUAUGAACCUUUCUGCUGGCAGACCUUUGGGGAGCUGAGCACUCCCACUGUCCCACCAAUUAACUGUUUGCAGAUUGGCAAGCCAUCUAGCAACCGGGUUCAAUCCAAUCAUGAUUACUGCUGAGGUUAGCUACGGUAUUAUAGUGUAUACAUAUGGUGGUUGUGUUUUGCCAACCCCUUGAUACCAUUAACAGUUUU